AUGUUAAGCUUCACGUCAUAUUUUACUGCUUUUCUGCUGCUUACUACAGCAUCGUCUGAUCUUCUUGAAAAGUUUGCUCCAAAUCGAUAUUACGUUACUGUCGAAAUCAAUGCAAUUUGUGAAAGAGACCUGUCGACUACUAUCAGUCUUCAUGAUGAAGAUCGUAAGUUAAAUUUCGAUGGAAGGCGUAAGCUAAAUUUUAUGUUGAAAGCUUUCAUUAUAAGUGACUGUAGACUGAACGGGUAAAAGGGCUGGGUCCGCUGGGCCUUCGAGACCAUGACCCAUUUGUUUUCAAACACGCAAGCUGUGGCCCAGAUCUGUCUCUUUCACAUUUUUUUGCCUGGAUAAGGGACAGAUAGAGGAAGUCAGAGGAUGAGCAGUGGCUAAGCAAGGGUCCGAGCAGUGGCUAUGCAGAGGGCCAAGAAUAAACCAAAUUGCAUAUGGACUAGGUUUGAAAGGGGUUCACUAAGCCAGGCCAAGACAAAUUUUUAAAAAAUCAGGUCACGCUGGCACACAAGAACCCAAAGGACGACCCCCAAACCAAGGCACGGUCUGGGUUCUUUAUUCGUCUAUUGGUUAUCCGUCUACUGCCGGCUACAGAGUUUUGCCCGGCCGGACAGGACCGGACGGAACAAACAAAAAUUUUUGCAAACCAGACCCAAAAAUUUUGAGUUUAGACCGGACUGGACACAAAAAAAAUCGCUGAACCGGGCCGGUCCGGGCAAAACACUGGCCUGCUUUAAUAAAUUUUAAAAAAAAUUUAGAAUUCUUCGACGAUGACCUUGCCAUUGUCCACGUCACAGACGGAAAGCCUGUCACACUUGAUGGCUUUGAAAAGGAAUACGGUACAUUCCAGCCGUAUAUUAGACUAAUUGGAACUUGUAAUGGUAUGUUUAUAUCAUAAACAGUCUUUUUAGUUUUUUCAGGCAAGAUGCCAUAGUUUAUUACAAUUUUUAAUUUAAAAUACGUUUAAAAAAAUUCAAUGAAUAGAAUAUAUUUUUAAAUAUUAAAUUGAACCAAAAGUAGCGGGACACUUUUAGUUAAAAAAUAAUUAAAAAGUGUCCCGCUACUUCUGUUCAACCUAAUAUAUAACAAUAAAUUUUUUUAGGCAAGCCCCACAUGCUACGACACUUGAUUCCAAAAGAAUUUAUAUAUAAUGCCAAAGUUAUGGGUCACCCCAUCUAUGAAGUUGAAGUUGAUUUGGACAAAGCUAACAAUGUUGCUACUGAUUCGAAGACUUAUUCUUAA